AUGGCAGGGAUGGGGAAAAGGGAAAUCCGGGCGAAAUCGGGAUUGGCGGGGACGGAUUCGGAUGACGUCGAGGGCAGGUGGGGUAGCUUCACUGCUACUCCGUUACGGUGUGUCUGCUCGGCCUCGCAUCUCGGCUCUUUUCUUUCCCCAGCUUCAUUUAACCCUGUUGUAAUCUCUUCCUCAGCUUCCUUCUUCUUCUUCUUCUUCUUUUCCCCCUCUUCCAUUUUCUCAUCCAUCCAUCCCACAUCCAUCCCGAUUCAUCCCAAUUCAUCCAACUCAUUUUCCCUAAGGUCCUUCUUGACCCCCGUCACACCCCUCUCUAGUCGUAUCGUGCGCCCUCUUCACUGUUCCUCUGCAGCCAUGUCUGGUGUCAACAAGGCUUGUUGCUCCAUCCCCCCGAUCGUGGCCCAGGGCUACCAGGGCAAGGGCGAAUACAAGACCAUCAAUGGCUUGAAGACUUACGUCACUGGCCCCGAAUCUGCUACCAAGGCCAUCCUCGUCAUCUACGACAUUUUCGGUUUCUUCCCCCAGACCAUCCAGGGUGCCGAUAUCCUGGCCACCGCGAGCGAGCAAAAGUACCGCGUUUUCAUCCCCGACUUCUUCCAGGGCGAGCCUGCCGACAUCACCUGGUUCCCUCCUCAGACCGACGACCACAAGCAGAAGCUGGGUAACUCUUCCAGACCAAGGCUGCUCCCCCCGCAAACCUGCCCAAGAUCCCCUCCAUUGUCUCCGAGGCCAACAAGCUUGCUGCUGGCGGCAGCUUCCAGUCCUGGUCGAUCCUGGGUUACUGCUGGGGAGGCAAGAUCACGACCCUGGCGUCUGGUCAGGAUAACAAGCUGUUCACGGCGGCGGUGCAAUGCCACCCGGCGAUGCUCGACCCCAACGAUGCCAAGAGUGUCAACAUUCCGAUGGCCGUGCUGGCCUCCAAGGACGAGAACCCUAAGGAUGUGGAGGCGUUCGGUGCCAACUUGA